GCUCAGGCCGGGAGCAGGUGCAGGAGGAGAUGCCGCAGCAGUUGCUGCUUCACCCAAGCCGUCACCGUCCGCCAUCUUGUCGCUCCCGCAGGCUCCGGGAGCUGGGAGGGGAGAAGGGCAGGAAACCGGGAGUCGGGAAUCCUGGGAUAGUGGCGGACCUGAACUUGGCCCCUGUGAAGUCUGAGUUCCAGGGAACGCCGACCAAGGAAAAUUUGGCAGGUCGGCGUUUCCGGGCGGGUCCUUCCGACGGCCCCCGCGGUGAUUCCAUCACUCAGCUUCCUUCCCGGCCUGCCUCGCGCCGGGGCCGGGCUGGGCCAGAGCAGCCCAAGAUGGCCGACUUUGAGGACCGGGUGUCGGAUGAGGAGAAGGUACGCAUAGCUGCUAAAUUCAUCACUCAUGCACCCCCAGGGGAAUUUAAUGAAGUGUUCAAUGAUGUCCGGCUACUACUUAAUAAUGACAAUCUCCUCAGGGAAGGGGCAGCACAUGCAUUUGCCCAGUAUAACAUGGAUCAGUUCACGCCCGUGAAGAUAGAAGGAUAUGAAGAUCAGGUCUUAAUUACAGAGCACGGUGACCUGGGUAAUAGCAGAUUUUUAGAUCCAAGAAACAAAAUUUCCUUUAAGUUUGAUCACUUACGGAAAGAAGCAUGUGACCCCCAGCCAGAGGACGUAGAUGGAGGUCUGAAGUCUUGGAGAGAAUCCUGUGACAGUGCUUUAAGGGCCUAUGUGAAAGAUCAUUAUUCCAACGGCUUCUGUACUGUUUAUGCUAAAACUAUAGAUGGGCAACAGACCAUUAUUGCAUGUAUUGAAAGCCACCAGUUUCAGCCUAAAAACUUCUGGAAUGGUCGUUGGAGGUCAGAGUGGAAGUUCACCAUCACACCACCUACAGCCCAGGUGGUUGGAGUACUUAAGAUUCAGGUUCACUAUUAUGAAGAUGGCAAUGUUCAGUUGGUUAGUCAUAAAGAUGUACAGGAUUCAGUAACUGUUUCGAAUGAAGUCCAAACUGCCAAGGAGUUUAUUAAAAUCAUAGAGCAUGCAGAAAAUGAAUAUCAGACAGCAAUUAGUGAAAACUAUCAAACAAUGUCAGACACCACAUUCAAGGCCUUGCGCCGGCAGCUUCCGGUUACCCGCACCAAAAUCGACUGGAACAAGAUACUCAGCUACAAGAUUGGCAAAGAAAUGCAGAAUGCUUAAAGGCUGAGUGUAGGAUUCUUCAGUACAUGGAAAGAAAGGAUUCAACAUGCGGUCGUAUGAUAAAUAAGUGAUUUAUAAACAAGAGUGAUAUUUUGCUAGGGCUUUCAGAGUUAGGUUUUCUAGCCUCAUGGAAUACUGUUGAACCUGUAGCAUCGUCCUGAUUCUUUGUGUUCUCUGCCUUGUAAUUUUCUGUUUUCACUAUAUCUACUUGUAAAUUUUUUUUAAUUCUGCCACAUUUAAUGAUGGAGAGAGAGAGAUGUAUCCUGGAGUCAUUUUACUGUUUAGAAAAUUUUCCUGGCCACGAAGCCCUGUUACUGAUAGAGACAGGUGAUAUGCUCAGUACUUUUCCACCCUGUCCUUCGAAGCACUUCUGGUCCUUCAGUGGUUUUUACUGAUCCACCAACAGCUAAAGAGGCUAUGCUACAAACUAGCUGAAUGGAAGACACAUUCAUCCUUCUCCCUCCGACUGCUUUGAUCAUUUAUAGCAUCUCAAAACUGUAGUUUUCAAAAGUUUGGAUUGGGCUUUUCAGGUCCUUUUGUGGGGGCAAAGGAAGUUUUCUGGAAAUUCCAUUAUAGCCAGCUUCUCUGGGGAAGUUGUUUUUAAAUCCAAAGACUUGAACCACAUUCCCUGCACAUGAACGUGUUUGCUUUUUUCUCUUCCCUCAUUGUCUCCUUCCCAUCUAGUACCAUUGUAGUUACAGACAUCUGCAUUUUUAGCAGGGUUUUACCCAUUUAUUAUUAUUUUUUAUAAUUCAAGAACUGCUGACAUACUAGGGAUAUAGUAGAGUAUAAAACUUGAAAAAUGCAGAUGUUGAAGGAAUAAUAGGUAUCUUGUGCUUUAAUACUCUGUGGCAGGAUUGUACUAUAAGCAGAUGAAUCAAACUACUAUGUAAAUCACAAAAACUAAAAAUGAACCAAAGUGAAAAGGAUACAUUCCAGGCAGUAUCUUUCUAUUGUAACCUGUUAUUUAAGGGAAUACUAGUGAUUUGUUCUAAAUAGGAUGUAAAACUUGUUCCAAAUUACUCUUCCUCAGUCCUGCCUGCCAAGAACUCAAAUGUAACUGUGAUACAGCAACCCUUCCCAGGUAUAUUGGCAGGUGUAUGUGUGAUCUCAGAACACACAGGCGACAUAGGUAUGAUAUGACAACUGGUAAUGGUGGAUUCAUUUACAUUGUUUACACUUCUAUGACCAGGCCUUAAGGGAAGGUCAGUUUUUAAAAAACCAAGUAGUGUCUUCCUACCUAUCUCCAAAUAAAUGUCAAAAAAGAAGGGUGUUUGUGCUUCAGCUUCAUUUUGCUCAGUAAUACAGUCAAGCAAGUUUGUUUCCAAGUGACCUGUUGAGCUGUGUAAGCAUUUUUGUUUAUUUCAAAUAAAAUAUAUUUGUAUUAUGUGUCA